GGGGAGGAGCCAUGCAGAGCCCCGCCCACCUGGUGGGAGGAGUUAAGGCGCGCGGUCACGUGGUCCCGUCCUUCUUCCCUCAGCCGCCAUGGAAGCGAGUCGCGCAGCCCCCAUCAAGCUCGCCAGGGUGACCAAAGUGCUCGGCAGGACCGGCUCCCAAGGCCAGUGCACACAGGUGCGCGUGGAGUUCAUGGACGACAGCAACCGCUCGAUCAUCCGGAACGUGAAGGGGCCGGUGCGCGAGGGCGAUGUGCUCACCCUGCUCGAGUCGGAGCGCGAGGCGCGCCGCCUGCGCUAGGAGCAGCGCCGGGGCCACUGCGUGAGGUGACAUGGAGGAGCCAAAGUCAUCGGCAGAAGCAUCAGCUGAGCGCCUCCUAUGUUGCCCUAAUAAGCAGGCCCUGCCCCUGUGUGCCAUGACUCGUGUUGUACAAUAAAGAGGUCCCCUUCCA